GAGCCGUUUUUUAUUUUUUUAUUUUGGAUCAGAACGGAAGAAGGUGGAACCGACGAACGAACUGGACGCCAGGAAAAACUAUAUCAACAAACAUUUCUCACGGUGGUUUGUUCGAAGAGAAACAAUGCUUUGUUAACAUUUGACCAGGACAGACGGCAUUACAGUUGUUAAACGACUGACAGAACAAGGAGCCCCUCUGAGCCCCGAAGACCCAGGAAAGGACUGACGACAACCACCAUGGCUUAAACCCUGCGUGCCUCCCUAGACACCUGUCCCCCUUCCCCUCUCCCCUCUCCCCCCGGCCUCCCUAACCCUGUCCAUGUGAGGGGUUGGGCAGCGCCCCCCCCAGAAUCCCUCUGGAGACAUGAUGAACCUUCAGAAGCACCAAACCAUGGACUCUGACCGGGACCUUCAGUCCUCCUCAGUCAGCCUGCCUUCCGUCAAGAAGGCCCCCAAGAAGAGACGCCUGUCCGUGGGGAACCUGUUCAGACGGCGCCGGGACCCCAAGAGGAAGUCCAAGGAGCUCCGAGGAGGAGGAGGAGGAGGAGGAGGAGAAGGAGGGGUGGAUGGCAUCGCCAGCACAGACGGCACCCACUCAGACCUCAUGCUAAACGAUAAGAACUCUGCCUUCUCAGUAGCAGGAGCUGCCUGCACCUCCUCCUCCCUCGGGGCGUCCUCUUCCUCCUCCUCCUCCUCCUCUUCCUCCCGGGGUCGAGAGCUGCUCGAGUGCCCUCUGUGCCUUCUACGUCACUCUCGGGACAGUUUCCCAGACAUCAUGACCUGCCACCACCGCUCCUGUGCUGAUUGCCUGCGCCAAUACUUACGGAUAGAGAUCAGUGAGUCGCGCGUCAACAUCAGCUGUCCAGAGUGCUCUGAGAGGUUCAACCCCCACGACAUCCGCAUCAUCCUGGGAGACCAGCCCCUCAUGGAGAAGUACGAGGAGUUCAUGUUGAGGCGAUGGCUGGUGGCCGACCCAGACUGCCGCUGGUGCCCCGCCCCAGACUGCGGGUAUGCAGUCAUUGCCUUUGGCUGCGCCAGCUGUCCUAAGAUCACGUGUGGGCGUGAGGGUUGUGACACGGACUUCUGCUACCACUGUAAGCAGCUGUGGCACCCCGACCAGACGUGUGAUGCGGCGCGGCAGCAGAGAGCCCAGAGCCUGAGGCUGCUCACCUUCAGCUCCUCGUCUCUUAGCUACAGCCAGGAGAGUGGCGCUGCAGCCGAUGACAUCAAGCCGUGUCCUCGCUGCGCUGCUUACAUCAUCAAGAUGAACGACGGCAGCUGUAACCACAUGACCUGCGCCGUGUGCGGCUGUGAGUUCUGCUGGCUCUGCAUGAAGGAGAUCUCUGACCUGCACUACCUGAGCCCGUCAGGAUGUACCUUCUGGGGCAGGAAACCGUGGAGCAGGAAGAAGAAGAUCCUGUGGCAGCUUGGCACGCUGGUGGGCGCUCCAGUGGGCAUCGCUCUGAUCGCUGGCAUCGCCGUCCCGGUCAUGAUCAUAGGCAUCCCUGUGUAUGUGGGGAGAAAGAUCUAUAACCGCUAUGAGGGGAAGGACAUCUCUCCUCACAGGAGGAACCUGGUGAUCGCAGGAGGAGUCACUCUGUCUGUCAUCAUGUCCCCUGUGGUGGCAGCCCUCUCUGUGGGCAUCGGCGUGCCCAUCAUGCUGGCGUACGUGUACGGCGUGGUGCCCAUCUCUCUGUGUCGCAGCGGAGGCUGUGGCGUCUCCACCGGUAACGGGAAAGGAGUCCGCAUCGAGUUCGACGACGAGAACCAGAUGACAGUAGGGAACGGGGCGCAAACUACUGACACGACCUCUGUGGCGGACACGAGGAACAACCCCAGCAUCGGAGGGGGCAGCGUCGGGGGCAUGACGGGCAGUCUGAGUGCCAGCGGGAGCCACGUGGACCAGAUGGGCACCGUGAGGGACAACCUGAGUGAGAACGCCUCCACCACGGCCCUGGCUGGGGCCAGCAUCACCGGAUCUCUCUCUGGCAGCACCAUGGGAAACUUCCUCAACAGGUUGGAGGUCCAGGCUGAUGUUCAGAAGGAGAGGUGUAGCCUGAGUGGAGAGUCGGCCACCUUCAGCUUGGGGACAGUCAGUGACAACGCCAGCACCAAAGCGAUGGCAGGAUCCAUUCUCAACUACAGAGACGGGACCAGUACGGAGGUCCAGGUGGACAUAGAGCCUUGCAAGUCUGGUGGUCAACUACACUACCACUCUGGUAUCAGCAGUACGGAUGAUGGGAGAGACGCUGGGCGCUGUAGCUGGUCCUGCCCUUCUGGAUGCCCCUCAGAGGGCCAGGAUGGCACCGCCUCCUCCUCCUCCUCCUCCUCUUCCUCGGGGAAGAGGAGUAAAAGCAAGCUGAAGAAGGGAGGAGGCUCUAAAACCCAGGAGACGAGGGAGGAGAUGGACGCUGGUCUCCUGGAGCAGCAGAGCGCCAACUCCUCAGAGUUUGACUCUCCCUCCCUCAGCGGAUCUCUACCCUCCGUGGCCGACUCUCACUCGUCCCGCUUGUCCGGGUCCAGCGGCGGCUCUGACCCGGACGUGAUGAAGGCGUCCUGUAGCUGCAGCCAUGGAUCCUCCUCUGACUACCACACCCGCUUCGCCACAGUCAGCCCUCUUCCUGAAGUAGAGGGAGACCGGCUGGAGACGUUACCCUCCCAUCCUCACUCCCCCGGCGGUCCCUCACCCUGUCCGGAGGUGUCCGUCUCCCCUCUGGGUCUGAUAGCUGAGGAAAACAUCAACCAGGUGUGUCCUGCGAAGGCCCAAUGUGACUGUACUACUGGAAGGGCCAUUCCCAUUGGACAGUUGCUGAAGGAGACCAAUAGGAACCGGCAGGCCUGUCCCUCCAGCCUGCUCCACAACUCCUGUAUUCAGACUGACAUCUGAGACCUAAAAACAGCCCUUUUUGGUUUCACAGAAUACUAUUUGUUUUUCUUUCUUCCAGAAGACAAAAGCUUUGAAUGGACGUUUCUGUGGUCAGAAGUGUAGAAAUGAAAUGAAGCGUUUAAACCUCA